AUGGACAGUUCUAUCGAAAAAUAUCAUUCUGUGCCUAAUCUACAAAGAAAAAUGAGUAGUGAGCCGGACAUUCGACACCUAUACAGUCUCUCAUUGUCCCAGAUCAGAAAACGAGCUGAAUUCGGAGAAUACAAUUAUAAACCAUCGCCUUUUAAUAUACGCUGGAUUCAUGGGUACAAUCCAAAAGUAGGUGUGAUCAAUCUUAACGACAAAGGCUCUACUGUAGCGUUCUAUGCCGCGGGUAAUUGUGCGGUGCUGUACAACUGGACCACUAACAAUAUGAUGAUACUUCAAGGACAUAAACAUGUGGUUACGUGUAUAUCAUCAGACAGUGCUGGCAAAUGGCUGGUCACUGCUGAUUCAGGAUCUGAAAACGUCAUUAUAAUAUGGGAUAGCACUGACUAUUUCCCUCAGAAGACAAUCUUCAAUCCUCACAGAAACGUGAAGUUGGCAAAGGUUACCAUGAGUACCGACGCUAAGUAUCUAUUGACCCUUGGAUACCAUGAGAAAGCGACGAUUAGCUGGUGGAUUUGGUCUUUCGGGCACGAUGUUCCUCACGCUUCGUUAGAAGUUGGCAUUCCUCGCGGAGGUAUUAUUGAAAUGGAUUUCAAUCCACACCAAUCUGAACAAUUCCUAUUGAUGACGAAGAGUAACAUUUGGAUUGGUAUUUCCGCUAAAGUAUUCAUCAUUGAAAGAGGACUCUUAAAAGAAACAAAUGACUACGAAUUAAAAAUAAGGGUUGUAGAACAUAAACUCAACCCUGAAAAUGGCCGUCUGACGUGCUUCACUUUCGUCCAAGAGACUUCACAAGUUCUAGUCGCCACCAGUCGGGGAGCUGUCCUUGUGUACGGAUACAAUAUAGAAUAUAAAAAAAAGGAAAACAUGGACGCGACAAAUUAUGAAAGCUUAAAGUUUAUUAAAGUUCUAAAAGUAGAGCAGAGGAAAAUUCAUGUUAUCAAAAGUAUUGAUGGAAUUAUCGCUACUGGUAACAGUAUCGGCGAGAUUCAUUUCUACGAUUCGCAAAUGAAGCUGCUGUACUGGGUCCAUGGAUUUACCGUUGACUGCAUUAAAGGAAUCAGUUUCAAUAUAUCACCAAGAAGUUAUAAAAUUUUAGAUCCUAAAUGUAGAACGCUAUGUCCGUGUUGGGAGAAAGUUGUAACCGAAGUAGACGCAAGUACCGGACAGCUCCAGCAAAAACUCAUAAAGAAGGAUAUUCCUUCAGACGCUACUUCAGCUGGAAAACCAUUUCUCAUACGGGAUUUCAUCGUAUGCACGAGUAAUCAAGGCGUUGGCUUUGUUGAUUUCGUAACAGAGAAGUUAGUGACAAUCAUGGACAACAAACCAUCGCCUGCAACGUCCCUAGCAAUACACCCAGAGAAACCAUACGUUUGUAUCGGAUAUGCAGAUGGCUCUAUCGAGUUGUUUAACUACGUACAACACAAGCUUUUCGUGAGAAUCGAUUUACGAGAGCACUACAAAGUAGUGAUCCCACCCAAAGAAGACUCAAUAAAAGGAGACGUGGAGAUUAUGAAACCACAGAUCAGUGUCAAAUGCUUAAAAUAUUCACCUUCAGGUCUUCAUUUGGCAUGUGGCUUAGACACAGGCGAAUUAAUUUUUCUUCACCCCACAAUAAUGAAUAUCCUAACGCAGACACCACACAAGGAUACGACCCAUGCCAUAACGCACAUAGAAUUCAGCACUGAUUCUUUAUCACUGGCUAUUGCAGAUAAGGGCAGAACAGUUUGUGUAUACAAGUACAAUUGUACGGAAUUCGUCUGGAGUUUUGUCGGGAAACACAGGGCUCAUUACAAAGAUAUUACAGCGGUUAUAUUUCUACCCAAGAAGAAUGCUAAUGGGGAGUAUAAAUUACUGUCUCUCGGUAGUGACAGAAUUAUGGUAGAAUAUGACAUUGGGUCGAGUUCUGAUGGAUAUUUAGAAGUUCUGAGUUUGGAUAGAAUUGAUCAAAGUGCUGUGCCGCUAUAUGGAAUACCAUGGAAUAAUCCUCCUGAUAUUGAUCCCGAAACGCAACGCACUGAUUUACCAAUGAUUCUUAUUUGUAAUGAUGAAUUCAAAUACAAAAUUGUCAACUACGCAACAACAAUGACACUGUCAACAAUAUUAGGACCCAAAUACGAGCACCCUGUAUGCCGGAUGCAAUUGAUAACGAGUAAAAAAGACGACGUUGAGACUCAGUACCUGUUAUUUGCGACGAAAACCGUUAUAGGUUUGCGAAAGAUGCCGAUUGAUGGGAACCCGUGGAAACAUGUCGCUUUACUUGGGCAUCCAAUACAGGUAAUCGACUUGUGUUAUCGCGAAGACCACGGAAUCUUAUUCACAAUAGGGAGUAGAGACAGCUGUAUGUAUCAAUGGGCCGCUAACUACAGAUCAGUAGAGACAACUUCAAAACAAGGUGGUGGCGACUUAGACCCGUAUUAUUGUCUGAUAGAAAAUGGCCGUCCUGGCUGGUUGUUCCAUGAGAUCCGAGACCUAUUCUACUACAUCCAGAUCUUAUGUCAGGGUACCUUCUCCCCAGCAAUGAGACGCGUGAAGGAUUAUAUUCCGAUUGAAUCAUUGCCAGACCUUAUGCGUGCUUUGGGAUACUUCCCUUCAGACUAUGAGGUGGAAAACUUAAUAGUCGAAGCAAAAUACAAAGUUUAUAAUCGAAUACCCUCUACUGAGAUAGACUUUGAAGAGUUUGUGAAGCUGUAUCUGAAUCAUCGACCGGCUUUUGGCGAAAGCUUUAAGAAGAUCAGAAACGCUUUCCGUUACUUUGGUACAAUGGACGACACUAAUAUCUCUAUGAAUCGAGAAGACUUUAUUUCUAUGCUCAGUAACAAUGGUGAAUAUUUCUCACGAGAGCUUUCUUGGUACUUACUUUCGAUACUAAAUGGCCAGAGCUUCGAAGAUAGGAGUGAGAUGUCAGAAGGGGAUUUCUCAUUUUUACCUGAGGUAAUAACUUUAGAAGAACUGGCAACAAAUAUAAUUGGUAUACAUGACACCGAUAUGUGUUCAGAUGUUCAUUCGAUUAAAGACUCCUUUGGAUCUCAACAGACAAUAUCAUCUGAUUCCGAAGAAGCAGGGAAUACGAAUUUUGUGUAA